AUAAACAAUUUUCGCUCGUGUAAACAGUCAUUUUCUUGUGAAGUUGAGUUUUAAUUUAGUUGUAACCAUGACUAGGAUACUGUGCGUUUAUUGUGAAUUUUAAACAUCAGAAUUGAGUGAUGAAGAUUACGAGUAGUGGACACAGAGCACAGAGCUGCCUACGUCCAUAUUUUGUUAAGAUAAUGUUUGGAUUCUUAUGAAUGACGAUUCGAAAUAAUAACAGGAGAUAAUUCACAGCCUGUCUGAAGAUUCUGCUUUAAUUUGGCCCUACUACUCUCCGGAGGGUUUGAGGAAAGCUACAGUAAACCCAAUGACAGCAGAAAUUCUGAAAGAAAAAGAAAACAGCGGGUUUACGGUUAUCUCUUCCCGCAACUCUGUUAUAAUUAAUUGUAGUUACGAUUUGUAGGUUUUUAAAUAAACCAAUUAACAAUCCGAACGGGGUCUUUAGAGACAAAACACGUUACAAUCAGUAUCAUUUUACGACAGGUUACUGAAUGCUGACUGGGACUUCAGCUGCAAUGAAAAUAUACUCUGCCAUGGACACUGUCAUAGAAGUAGAAGGGCUUAAUAAUGCGGUUAGAGUAGUUAGAUCUCCACGGCAAGUGGGUGAUCAUGGUGGAGACAACACACGCAGAGCAUUCAUUGUAGUAGGUGCCAUAUUUGUCACCUCAUUUAUAGCCUUGUUUUACAUCUACUUGAAGUUUCCAGAACUAGAAUCAGAGGAGAUGCAACACAUGAAGAUUCCUUGGGACAUUGAAGAUGCCAAACAAUUAGGCAGGGUCCUGGACCGCUACAAAGACAAAUACUUCUUUGAAGUUAUGUUGACUCUUAUUGUGACAUACAUAUUUUUGCAGACAUUUGCCAUUCCUGGCUCAAUAACUCUGUCGAUCCUGUCUGGCUUUCUCUUCCCAUUUCCACUAGCACUUAUGUUAGUGUGCUUCUGCUCUGCAACAGGAGCCUCAUUGUGUUAUGUGUUGUCCUACUUUCUUGGGCGACAUCUUGUAUACAGAUAUUUUCCUGAGAAAGCUUCACAGUGGGCUCUUACGGUGAAAAAACAUCGAAGUAACUUGAUCAGUUACUUGCUAUUUCUGCGUAUGACGCCUUUCUUACCAAACUGGUUCAUCAACAUUACAUCACCCAUAAUUGGUGUACCACUCUUUCCAUUCUGGAUUGGCACAUUCAUCGGUGUAGCACCACCAUCAUUUGUCGCAAUUCAGGCUGGCCAAACAUUAUAUAAAUUGUCAGCUUCAAGUGAUGCCUGGUCUUGGACAUCAGUUAUUCUUCUUGGAUUCUUCGCUGCACUUUCAUUGGUUCCAGUGUUGAUAAAGAAACGGAUAAAAGAAGCAAUUGAGUAGCCUGCAAUUGAAUAGUCUUAGUGUCUAUUUAUAAUAUUAAUAAUAAUAAUUAUAAUCUGGGGGGAAAAUGUUACAGAUAUUUCUGGCCUGCAAGGAGAUUUAAUGUGUUUUUUGUAAAGCAUAUUGCACCCGAGUGCAUUUUUUUUAACAUUCCUCCACUUAUGAAUGUUAGUAGAACAAUCUGUCCUAGAUUGUACUCUCCAGAAGUACCAUUUCAAAAUUAGAAAAUCCAACAACUCAGCUUUUCCAUCCAUAAAAAAAUGACAUUGCUAUACAUCACAUCUUGGUUCUUGCUUGUUAAGAUAAGAAGAAAUAUGGUAAAAUAUGAAGGAUUUUCAAAUAGAACCUCUACAGGGAUUGUUCUUGGUGAAGGAAUAGAGACCACUAAAAUAUUCCCUGUGGUUACUGUGGCAAAGAUACCACUGAUGCGUGAGCUGAUGGAUCUUCUCUGCAAAGAACCACUUCCCGACCAUAGUGCAACCCAGUACAUGAACAGGUUUCAUUUGAACAACUUUCAAAACAAAAAAAAAAAAAAAUGGGUUAACUUACCUGCAGUUAGCUGUAAACAAAGUGCCUUAUCAAAGAUAUUAGCCUUCUUGGUGUGGUGCACACCUGCAGAUUUUGUGUGUCAAGCGUAAACAGUCUUUAGUAACGAUUACACAUUGCAACGAUUUGCAGCACAAGGCCAAUAUAAGAUGUGUGUCUAACAUGCACAGUAUUAUAUGUCUUAAUGUAAAAAUUACUGUGAUAUAUAUUGUGAGUUAAAGUAAUGAUACGGUUUCUUUCAUGCACAUUGUGGCAGAUGGGAACCUCAGAGAGAGAUCUUAAACAACCCAUUUCAUGGGUAUAUUUCGGUUCUAAUGUUACAUAUUUAAUAUUAUCUUAAAUGUUAAUGUUAUGUGUAUGAUUAAAAUAAGGUGUCAUAACAGUUAUUCUGUCUCCGAGACUGAAGGCUAGAAGUGACACUUUAGAAUAAUGGUCUUCCUUUUGAAGAACUCCAGAAUUAGAAACUCAUAUAACAGAGAUUGCAUCAUGUAGUCUUUGUUAAUGUGAAGCCCAGUCAUUUGCCGUUCCCUGUAACCAUAUUCGAUUUGAAUACCACUAAAACAACUGGAGCUGUUACAGGUGAGGUAUAUGUCCAUUUUAAUUACUUGCAGUAACCAUGCUUAGAUGAAAUAUUGUUUAGCAGCUAUCAAUUUAAAGAACAAAUCUAAUCUUCCAGGAAAUCCUCAUCGUUGCAGAAUGCAAGGAACCAAAAAUUAUGGAUUUCAGAUUAUCUGAUUUGUACCUCUUAUUGCAUCUGCUUAUUGUUUUAGUUCGUGCCCAAGGUGUUUGCUGUGUGUAGGUAUUCUAAUAUAAACUGAGAGUGAAAUAUGACAAGUUUAUGUGUUGUAGCAACUUGCUUUGAAGUUUCAUUUACAUCAGAUAUUUCUACUCUGCAUAAAGUUCCUUUUUGUGAGACUGUAAUUCUGUAGUGCCCAAAUUGCACUACUCUCAGCACUAAUGAUGAUGACUUUGAAUCAUUACACAUUUACCAGAUUUGUAAUGGUCCAGGAUAUAAAGAGUGCAGAUGAGUAUCUCAGAUAUAUAGAAUCUUACACUGUGAAUUAUCCAAGAUUUAAGUAAUUAUGUGAUACUGUAAGGUGAGGUGGUAACUUCACAUUCUAGCUAAUCUGUUGAGUGAAUAUAAAUGAUUGACUGAAUUCUGGAUUGUUAUACAAAUAAGACUUGAGCUUAACAUGGAAAAACUAUUAGACUAAUGCAUAUUAUGGAGUUCCUUGAGAGGAAGAGCCCCAUGUAUAUUUAUUUUUGACUAAGAUCUAUUUUCUUCUGUUGUUUGAACUUUAAAUUUUAUGUGUUGUGUGUUUUUAUUUGCAUGCUCUGUAUGUAGAUAUAAAUACUUUAUUGUUUGCUGAAUCAUCCUAGAAACUAGCUCAGAUAUGAAUCUGGGAAAUAAGUAUGAGAAGCAUAAUAUGGACAGAUCACUCUCUUUUUUUGUGAUAUUCAUGCUGCUGUUCUGCUAGCCUGUACCUACAAAUAUUACAUCAUUAAUCCCUUGUAGCCCAAUACUGAGUAAUUUGUAACAGUAGAGCCCCAUAAUGCACAAUGUCAAGACAUGUUAAUUUUCCACUCCAAAUUGAAAUUUACAAUAUAGGUAAGAAUGUCUUGCAUAGAGAGCAGAACCACAAAGCAUGGGUGCUUUUAGAAACUCUGAAAAAAAUGUGUUUACCAUAAAAUAAUGAGAAUUCCAAUAACCCUGCAUCAUCUGUUUACAAGCUUUGGGAACCAUGGCUGUGCUGAGAAAAGGGGUUAAUGUGAAAGAGUUCUAAACUUUGUGUCAACAUUUUCUGUUUACUCUUAUUUACAACUAUAUAUUCAAUUUGCUAAUAGGAAAAACGUUAAAUAAGUCAGAUUUAUUCUUCAGCGUUUCAUGUUAACUAUUCUUCAGAGUGUUUUAUUCUUUACUGAAUCAUUAGAUUCUUAAUUUAUUUUUCUUUUAGCAUGUUUCUAAUUAAAUAGUUGACAUUUUUUGUCUCACUCUUACAUGUAAAAUUAUUUUAUAACUAUCAUAUUACAUUUAUGUACAUAAUUUUCCUACCCUUUUCCUCCCAAAUAAUGUGAACUGUGUCUGGUAUCAUUGCAUCCUGUACAAGUCAACUUUUGGAAUUGUUGCACUCCUUUAUCAUUAAACCACAGUUUUUAUCACUUCUUUCAGGCAAAUUCGAGGAUAGUACCUUAAUUUAGGUCAUAAUCACUUCCUUCCACAUCUUUUCUAAUUGUUCACUAAUCAUCUGAUCAUUUGACACUAUAUAAUUUAGAUUAUUGAAAGCAUUUCCAAAUAAACUAAGAAUAAAUAAGGAAACAAAUAAAUUAGUCAUUAAAUCUCUCAUCUGUAAUGUCUGUAAGACAGCUUGGAACUUUAAAAUGCCCUUUAUUUAUUUAUUUUGUGUUGUUUUGAUACAAAGUUGGUAAUAUAUUUUCAGCAGUAACAAUUGAGCAGUUAUUGACUGAUGUGGAAUAAUAUGCUGAAGGUUAUGAAAUAUGCCUUUGUUUAUUACCUCUGUGUGGUCAAAGAAAGUGGUUGGGUAAAAGCAUAAUCAGUUUUCCUUGUUUCUUAUUAACAUAAAAUCACCUGACAAGUGGAAUUUCUGUGUGGUGGCUAAUGUGCCAUUUCAUAUCCCUGUAUGCUAUAGGCAGCAGCAGUGUGACAACAGAAAGGAUUUUUAAGUGCUCAGGGCUUUUAUGCAAACUGUAUGUGGGCAGAGGUAGUUGAGUAUGUGUUUAAUGUCAUGUAUGCUGAUGAAAAUAUAUAAUAAAAUUUCAUUCUUACUGUAGUAAAGCACGUGUGUGAUAUAACACUCAAAUUGACAGUGAGUACAACUAUACUCUGGUCACGGAAAAGAAAGAACACAAGUUGUGGAAGUUUAAGUUGGCCACCUCCUUCCCCGUGGCACCUAUAUUACAUACCCUUCCUUGUCAAAAUCAGUAACAAGCAGUGCAAAGAGAGGGAGUGUCCACUGUUGGGAAUGAUUGACAGCACUCAGAGGGGGUUAGCUACUUGGCACAACAGUGGGGAUUGUAACUAGAGGGGGUUAAUAAGAUCUAAAAGUUUGUGACAAUGGUACAUUAGUACAAAUAUUAUGUUUCUGGACAUUAUCCAUCAUCCUGUUUAUUUUUCAAAAUAACUGCUAGCCACACCAGUGAAUGACAGCACUCUCAGGGUGUUUGCUGUUGGGCACACUGUUUGGGACUGGAACUCAGGUGGGGUUAGCUGCCAGGCACAGCACUGGGGGCUGUAACUCAGAGGGGCUGGCCGAUAGGCACACCAGUUAUGCAUUGGAAGUGGCAAUGUAUGUUGGCCCCGACGUAUCAUUCAGUAACUUGUAGGACUGGAAAGGAAUAUGAGAAAAAUCAGGGGAUGUUACUAGUAUGGAAGCUUAUAUAACAAAUGAUGGGACUUCCCACUGAAUUCUCAGUGGGUGUUACACUAGUAUUAAUAAAUGUAUGUUUAUAUUAUCUCUUGUGAUCUUUGCCACAGAUAGCUUGGCUAGUUUGUGCAUUGUGUUGAAAAUAAUCCAUGGUGUUGAAAUGUUACUGUUUAAGGGUGAUGGGAUACGGUUCAGUUUAAAGUUGGGUAAUUAAAAAUUCACCAACAAUUGUAAGUUGCUUCCUACAAAUGUAGUCUCAUUAUAUUACACCUUGUACUGUAUUGAUUCUGAUGUUUAUUUUCAAAUGUAUAAUUUUAGGAUACUGACAGAUCUACCAAAUAUUUCUCACACAAACUCAUUUCGUACAUCGGAAAUGUUUGGUUCUGACAUUCUUUUCUUUGCAUUGGAUCUUAGAUACCACUUGGGAAUGUGAAACAGAACUAGACUGAAAUAGUGUAGUGGCAUUCUUCUGCAGACAGUGUGACAAAUUUCUGUGGUCAGUAACUGAAAUUAAUUUAUUGGAAGGACCGAAUGCUUACAAACUUCUCAGGAAAAACCCUGUUCCAGCGAGUGACUUUGUUGGUUAAUUACCGAUAAUAAGUGGAAAUGGCUCAGAAGUAAGAGGAGAUUGGAGAAAUUUAUGUGGCAAGGGGUUUCAUAAUCUGUAAUCUUAGCCAUAUAUUACUGGGGUGAUGAUAUGGACAAGGAACAUGGCAUAAAUGAGAGCUGUAAGAAAUCCUAGAGAGGAACCUAGGCAUAGAUGGUAAAAUAAUAAUACGACACAUUUGAAAGAAAUAAUGAGUGAUAAUGUGGACUGGAUCCAUCUGGUUCAGGGUUGAGUCCAAUGGUGGAUUGUUGUAAACAUGAUAACGAAUCUCCAUGUUCCUUACAGGAUGGAGGAACUGGGCUAACUAAUUGAGCUCCACCAGAACUCUGCUGACCAAGCAGGCUGGUUUAGCAGUAAUGCUCUAGACUUAUAUUUGGGAUGGCCUCAGUUCGAAUCUUGGCCAGGACACAGCUAUCUUGACUGAUGAUUUUCGUAGUUAUCCUCGGGCCUCCCAAGCAGAUGCUAGGAUAUUACCUCGAUUAGGCCAAAACUGCUUCCUUCCAUUGCCUUUCCAGUUUAUUACUCAUGAAUUAUCCAAACAUUUGACACUAUAUAGUCUAAGAUAUUGAUGUAAUCAUAAAGUAACCAUUAGCUCCAUGGAGCUGAUUAAAUGGAAAUAAAGUAAAAAGUAAGGCUAUCCUUGUACCAGGCCAUGAAGGCCCAU